AUGGCAAUUAACUGUGCCACAGUCGUUAUCAGUGUUGCAUAUCGGCUCGCUCCUGAAAAUUCAUAUCCGAUACCGAUUAAUGAUGCAUGGGACAGCUUCUUGAACAUCGCGAACAACAAUCCCACGACUCUCUUACCAAAGAACACCGGAUCCACCAAUUUUUAUUAUUGCGGGCACUCCAUCUGGCAGACAUCUAGCUGCCAUAGUGUCUCAGUUGGCAACAGCGCAUCUCUAAAGACAUUGGAUAUCCCAACUUUGGCAGUAUGCGGUGUCGUUCUCCGGAAUCCGGCCACCGUUUACGGUGCAGAGAAACAGUACAUACCGCCUCGGUUUAGGGAUAUCCAUCAAUCGUGGGUGCUAGAAUUGGAUCACCCGCGUCUCUUCAGAGAGGAGAUGAAGAAAGUCCACGUGGAUCCUCUUGCCCAUCCACUAUGGCGUGACCUGACCAGUCUACCGCAAACCUUUAUUCAGAUUUGCGGGAUCGAUAUAUUCAGAGAUGAUGUAGUUUGCUAUGCCGCUGGUUUGGAUGAUGCGGGAGUUGACGUUCAAUCGAAGAUGUACGAAGAUCUCCCGCAUUUGUUUUGGCUGCAGGCGCCGCAGUUGGAGAUAUCGCGGAAGGUAGAACAGGACUGUGUUGAUGGGAUCAACUGGAUAAUCAGCAAAAGGCAGACGAAAACUCCAAACUAA